UCCGUUAUAUAGCAGUAGUAAUAAUGUCAAUAGCGACGUCUAGCGACAAAUUUUAGAUGUAGUACUAUGUUCUUGCAAAAAUGUUAGACGUAAAUAAAAAAAAGAAACAGCAAAAUAAACGAAAAAAUAUUACUUUAGUAUUUGACGAGAAUAAAAGACGACAAUUUUUAGGAGGUUUUCAUAAGCGCAAAGUUCAACGACAAAAGAAAGCUCAAGAGGAGUUACAAAAGCAACUGAAAGAAGAAAAAAAAAGAAUAAAACAAGAUGCACGUGAACGUUACAAAAAAUUAUUAUCAAAUCGUGAUGUACCAGAACUUGAGAAGUUAUUGUCAGAACAAGAAUUCGAAACAGAAAAUCAUAUGGUUAGCAUUUUAGAAAUGGAUAUUGAUUCAUUAUAUGAAAAGAAUAAAUGUAUUGGAAUAAACAAAGUAAUUGACAAUAAGAAAGAAUCUGAAAGGGAAGAAAAUCUAGAAGCUGAUGGGAAAUCUACAGCAGAAAUUUCUAUACAGGGAAUGGAAGAUAAAAAUAUUGAAUCAGCAAAGGAUUUAAAACGAGCUAUUAAACAAGCUGCACUAAAAGAAGUAAAAAAAAGUAAAGCAUUCCAACAAAAAAAUAGAUUAGAACAUAACAAGAAUAAAAGGCAAAGCAUUAAAAAGAAGAAAAAACAACAGAAAAUAUUAAAAAAGCGAGAAGGGAAAUUUAAAAAGAAAGUGAAGCACUAA